AUGGCAUCUGCCAGUUCCAGCCGCGCAGGAGUGGCUCUGCCUUUUGAGAAGUCUCAACUUACUCUGAAAGUGGUGUCAGCAAAGCCCAAGGUGCAUAAUCGUCAACCUCGAAUUAACUCAUUUGUGGAGGUGGCAGUGGAUGGACUCCCCAGUGAGACCAAGAAGACUGGGAAGCGAAUUGGGAGCUCGGAGCUUCUCUGGAAUGAGAUCAUCAUUUUGAAUGUCACGGCCCAGAGUCAUUUAGAUUUGAAGGUUUGGAGCUGCCAUACUUUGAGAAAUGAGCUGCUAGGCACCGCCUCUGUCAACCUCUCCAAUGUCCUGAAGAACAAUGGGGGCAAAAUGGAGAACACGCAGCUGACCCUGAACCUGCAGACGGAGAACAAAGGCGGUGUUGUCUCGGGCGGUGAGCUGACAAUUUUCCUGGACGGGCCAACUGUUGAUCUGGGAAGCGUGCCUAAUGGCAGUGCCGUGACAGAGGGAUCCCAGCCACCUUCAAGAGAAUCCAGCGGGACAGCUGUCGCUCCAGACAACCGGCACCAGCCCCCCAGCACAAACUGCUUUGGUGGGAGAUCUCGGACGCACAGACAUUCAGGUGGUUCAGCCAGAACAACCACAGCAACCGGCGAGCAAAGCCCCGGUACUAGCAACCGGCACCGCCAGCCCGUCAAGAACCCAACCCACAAUGGCUUGGCCAAUGGCACAGUGAAUGAUGAACCCUCUGCAGCCACUGAUCCCGAAGAGUCCUCUGUUGUUGGUGUGGCACCCUCGCCUGCUGCGGUGUCGAGUGUGACCCCGAACCCCACUGCAGUGUCUCUCCCUGUUCCAGCCACACCGGCGGAAGGCGAGGAGCCCAGCACUUCAGGCACACAGCAGCUCCCGGCGUCUGCUCAGGCCCUCGAUGCUCUGCCUGCUGGAUGGGAACAACGAGAGCUGCCUAAUGGGCGUGUGUAUUAUGUUGACCAUAAUACCAAGACCACCACCUGGGAGCGGCCUCUUCCUCCAGGCUGGGAAAAACGCACAGACCCCCGAGGCAGGUUUUACUAUGUGGAUCACAACACGCGGACCACCACCUGGCAGCGCCCCACAGCUGAGUACGUGCGGAACUACGAGCAGUGGCAGUCACAGCGGAAUCAGCUUCAGGGCGCCAUGCAGCACUUCAGCCAAAGAUUCCUCUACCAGUCUUCAAGUGCUUCGACUGACCAUGACCCACUGGGCCCCCUCCCUCCUGGCUGGGAGAAGAGACAGGACAACGGACGGGUGUAUUACGUGAACCAUAACACACGCACCACGCAGUGGGAGGACCCUCGGACCCAGGGGAUGAUCCAGGAACCAGCUCUGCCCCCAGGGUGGGAGAUGAAGUACACCAGUGAAGGGGUACGCUAUUUUGUGGACCACAAUACACGCACCACCACCUUUAAGGAUCCUCGCCCAGGGUUUGAGUCUGGGACGAAGCAGGGUUCCCCUGGUGCCUACGACCGAAGUUUUCGGUGGAAGUAUCACCAGUUCCGGUUCCUCUGCCACUCGAAUGCCCUCCCCAGCCAUGUGAAGAUCAGCGUUUCCAGGCAGACGCUUUUUGAGGAUUCUUUCCAGCAGAUCAUGAACAUGAAGCCGUAUGACCUGCGCCGCCGGCUCUACAUCAUCAUGCGCGGCGAGGAGGGCCUGGACUACGGAGGCAUUGCCAGGGAGUGGUUUUUCCUCCUGUCUCAUGAGGUGCUCAACCCCAUGUAUUGUUUAUUUGAAUACGCCGGGAAGAACAAUUACUGCCUGCAGAUCAACCCUGCCUCCUCCAUCAACCCCGACCACCUCACCUAUUUCCGCUUUAUUGGCAGAUUCAUCGCUAUGGCUCUGUAUCAUGGGAAGUUCAUUGACACAGGCUUCACCCUCCCUUUCUAUAAGCGGAUGCUCAACAAGAGACCAACCCUGAAGGACCUGGAAUCUAUUGACCCUGAAUUCUACAACUCUAUCGUCUGGAUCAAAGAGAACAACCUGGAAGAGUGUGGUCUAGAGCUGUACUUCAUCCAGGACAUGGAGAUCCUGGGCAAGGUGACAACCCAUGAGCUAAAGGAAGGUGGUGAGAGCAUCCGAGUGACAGAGGAGAACAAGGAAGAGUACAUCAUGCUCCUAACCGACUGGCGUUUCACCCGGGGCGUGGAAGAGCAGACCAAAGCCUUCCUGGACGGCUUCAAUGAGGUGGCCCCCCUGGAGUGGCUGCGCUACUUUGAUGAGAAAGAGCUGGAGCUGAUGCUGUGUGGCAUGCAGGAGAUAGACAUGAGCGACUGGCAGAAGAACACCAUCUACCGGCACUACACCAAGAACAGCAAGCAGAUCCAGUGGUUCUGGCAGGUGGUGAAGGAGAUGGACAAUGAGAAGAGGAUCCGCCUGCUGCAGUUCGUCACCGGGACUUGCCGCCUGCCUGUUGGAGGAUUUGCCGAACUCAUUGGUAGCAAUGGACCGCAGAAGUUUUGCGUCGACAAGGUUGGCAAGGAAACCUGGCUGCCCAGAAGCCACACGUGUUUCAACCGUCUGGAUCUCCCCCCAUACAAGAGCUAUGAACAGCUGAAAGAGAAGCUGCUGUAUGCCAUCGAGGAGACUGAAGGCUUUGGACAGGAGUGA